AGCAACUAAAUGCAAAAUCAAGUCACUAGUCAGUGCGAGAUUGUAGCGGGAGUGACUUGACUCGCUCUAAAAAUAAAUUCUGUCGAUUCUCCCGUUUCAAAACGUACAAAAUAACUUGAGUUUUCAAUGACAAUAAAUGCAAAGUGCUUUGUAGUGAUCAAUUACUGCAGUUUACCAUUUAAUCGUAGGUUAAUAAUGAAUGUAGAUUAAGUUCUUUGAAUUUAAACAUUUGUAUCGUAAAUUCGCGGUAAAUUUUGUGUUGUGAAUGGAUUAUCAAUGUUGUUCUUAUAAGAGGAUGUUAUUAACAAACAAUUUUGGAAUUUAAUGGAAUUUUGUAACAGGUAAUUGUCCAGAACACGAGUUAUGAUAGGGUGAGCAUAAUAAUGCAAUUAGCACAGGAUAUCGACGAUCAAGCUAUUGUUCCGAGCGCUGACCCCACGACGGACAUGCUUCGCGAAUUUUAUUACUAGAAACUGAGAAGUGGAUCGAAUCAUGGUGGCCAGUGUCUGUGUGAUGGUGCGCACGCACACAGUGCUGCUAUUGGCGGUAGCACUGUGCCGCGCCGCCACCACACUCGACUCAGAGCUCGGUGUGGGCAAAGCAAUCAACAUAUUCAUGAGAUAUGGCUACCUCAGCAUAUGCAUGCGCGUGGUGCCGCGCAACGACACAGAAGGUUGGGUGUUCCGAGAGCCUACGGUCAGCGUGUUCCGAGAUGUGGAGCGGUUCGCCAUCGCGCCCAAGCCGCGCCAGCCGAAGACACUCUUCGACGGAGACUUCCACAUGGAGUUCUGCGAUAACCUGAAGCAGCUACUGCAAGCGUACUUCAGAGAUUUUAGUUUUGAGAGGUUAGAGCGUCCAUGGCGUGCGUUCACAGCGGGCUGGCCCACAGACAUUAUGGCGCGGAACUUGGGCAUCAACUCGUCGUUUAUAAACGGUGACCACUGCUAUGUACUCGUCAGGGUGUCCAGGUUCCGCGAGACAGCCAAGUUAAGCGACCUGCCCUCAAACAUAGGCGUGGAAGACGUCGUCUUCGACGCAAUCCAGGAGUCCACCAUCGGCGACACAGCCACCAUAGCAGACUUCAUUCGCAAAUACGGCUCCCACUACAUAGCGUCCUACAUUACCGGUAACUCCUUAUAUCAGGUAUUCGUAUAUUCAAGGAGCGUGUACGCCAGGAUAAAAGAGCGGGUCAAGUCUAAAGGCGUGUCAGACAUACCACAGCAAGACAUGACCAGUUACUUCUCACCGCUGUUCGCCACACACGUUGGCGCCAUCAAGGUGUUUGUGUUCUCUAGAACCGCAUACUCUAUGAUCAAAGAGAGACUAAAGAGUAAAGGUGUGGCGGAUAUCACUGCCAAGGAAUUGGAGGGUUACUUCUCGCCGUGGCAUGCUAAACAUAUCGGACAGAUAAAGGUGGCAAGCGGUAACAAAACGGUAGAAAACUGGGCGAUGAAACGUCUUCGUGUACACUACUACAUAUUCUCGUACCCAAGCCUGCUAAAACUGCACGGAGAGCCAACUUUAUUAAGAAACCUCGACUCUCUGUUGGGUAACGAAGCGUUACUACAAUUAGAAUUAAAAACACUCUCACCGGCUUUCAAAGACAGUAAGAAGAAAAAGUGGUUUGAAGAAGUCAUAGACAAUUAUUUGAAAUUGUGGGAGAGUAACAUGUGAUAGAGGGAUCGGUGGUAUAGUUUAAUUAUAGUUGUAUUAAGUUAAUUAUUACGUCCAAAUGAUUGUAAGUGUAUUAGAGCAUAUAAGGCAGCCAGUUUCAAAUUGUCACGCCUUCGUCAUUAACAAGGGCAUGAUAAAUUAUGUUUUUAUUCGGUUUCCUUAUCUGGCAGUUAAAAUGCGUGCCGUGAAACGAGUUUAAAAAAAAUACGUUCUAUUUUUGAACCUGUGGAUAAAACACAGUGCUCGUUAUAUUAUAAAUAAUUAAUAAUUAUAAUAUUCGGAUAAUAUUUUACAAUGAAUGUUAUUGUCUGUUGAAAACACAUAUCGGGCUGGCCCGUAAAGUUAAAAAAACAGUCUUCCAUUGAAAUGUUUUGUAUAGGGCUUUUUAUUGUAAUAAAAGAUUUGGUAGAACAGUACGACAUAGUUAAUACCUUCCUGUUACAAAAGGAGAUGGGUUAAAUAUUGAUUAGUGCGAAGCUGUUAAAUGUCGCAAUAAGAAAUUAGAACGCCAUGAAUUAUCAUGUAGUUACAUAAAGUUUCAAAAGAUGGCGUUCCUAAUAAUUAUAAUAGAAAAGCAUUUAUGUCUGUUCCGCGUUUUCUUAGCUACAAUAACCGUUUUGAAUGAAUGAGACCAUGUCGUUUUUAUGUAAGAUAAGAUUGAAUAAAUGUAAAUCAAUUUUGAUAAUGAUUUAUUUCGUAAAGGAUGUUUACAAAUUAGAAAAGACAAUAGUAUUUAAUUUUUAAAUCAUAUCAAAAUUAAUACAUAAUAUAUUUAAAAAAAUCACUACUUACCUGUAAACGAAUAAGUGCCUUAUUUAUUAAUCUAUUAGUAUGAUAUUUAAUUGUUUAUAGUUUAAUGGAAUUGAUUGUGACAAUUAAAAUAUUUGAAUGUAAUUUUGUAAUAACGCCAUCUAUGGACAAAUAUCAACUAAAUUUUUAUCUGUUAAUUAGUUUUGGUCUAUAAUAAUGUAAUAUAAAAGAACAAUGUGCCUAAAUAAAAUGCGAAAUAAACCUUGGUAAUGCAUUUAAUUUCGAAUAUAAAAUGAAUAAUGUAAAUAUUUUGUGAAAUGUUUAUAGACAAUGUGAUAAAAUACAGUUUUUUGACUUGA